UUUAGGACACAUGCUCGUAUUCUCAACUACCACAACUCCUUGGACCUUUCAACACCAUAUCCUAUCUUUUUUCUUUCUCUCUCGUUCCAUCUAGUCUUCUCGUUCCACGUGUCUUAUUGAUAGUAUCUUCAGUUUUGGUGUAUUUUUUAUCCUAGAAAUGAUGCAAUCCAUGUAUUUUCUCCAAUAUGCACACUUCUUCGAACAAGUGAAUCCAAUAUUUUAUACAGUACCCUCUACAAUAUAGGCACUUCUUGAGUCUUUUCCAAUGAACUUAACUUUGAUUUUCAUUGGUCUAUUGACCCUUCAGUCAAUCACUACAUAUUCUCUUCCUUUUGUUGUCUUUCAUGGAAUAUCAGCUAAAUGUAGCAAUGGAGGCAUUAGGCAUUUCACCGAGCUUCUAAGCCACUGGUCAGGCUCUUCAGGACAUUGCAUAGAAAUUGGUAAUGGAGAGUGGGACUCCUGGUUUAUGCCUUUUUCUAAGCAGGUAGACAUUGCUUGCGAGAAGUUGAAGAAAAUGAGUGAGCUUAGUGAAGGUUACAACAUAAUCGGUCUCUCCCAGGGGAACAUGGUUGGCAGAGGGGUUAUUGAGUUCUGUGAUGGUGGACCUCCGGUGAGGAAUCUGAUAUCUCUAGCUGGUCCUCAUGCUGGGAUAGCUUCUAUUCCCUUCUGUGGUUCAGGUAUCUGGUGCAUUCUUGCAGACUCUUUGCUCAAGUUAGCAAUUUACAGCAAUUUUAUCCAGGCACAUAUUGCUCCCGCAGGUUACAUUAAAAUCCCAACUGACAUAGCUGACUAUAGAAAAGGAUGUAAGUUCCUUCCAGUACUCAACAAUGAGGUACACACAAAUUCUACAUUCAAGAAAAGAUUUGCAAGUUUGGAAAAUUUAAUACUUAUUAUGUUUGAAAAAGAUGAAAUUUUGGUACCAAAGCAGACCUCAUGGUUUGGGUACUACCCUGAUGGUUCCUUCAGCACUGUUUUGCCUGCUCAGAAGACAAAGCUUUAUACAGAAGACUGGAUUGGUCUGAAGAUGCUGGAUGAAGCUGGAAAAGUGAAGUUCUUGAAUGCAUGUGGAAGUCAUCUUGAAAUAUCUACGCGUGAAAUGAAGAAAAACAUACUACCAUACUUGCUGGAUAAUGUAUCCACUACAGUGAUUACAAACUGGGAUUUCGACGAUGAAUUCAAUGGUGUUGUAGAAGAAAUUCUCCAGCUGCACACUCCUGCUGAAACAGAUAGCUUAAGAUCGUGGAAAUUUUAUUUGAAGGAUAACUGUAGGUCAGUAGCUACCUAAGGAAACUCUGAUUCCAUCUGCCCUCGGGUUGGGAGGCAUCUACCUCAUCCCGAUCACAUAUUUUUUUAAAGAUGAAAUUGUCAACUCA